AAAGAGUUCUUCAGUUCAGAAGCGAGCUACAGUUCUAAACGGCAUUGAAAAGCAAGUAAGCGUGUUUCUAAAAACCGAGAAAUAUAAAAAAAGAUGCAGACAUUGUUGAAAUUGUUGGCGGUAUUAUUUAUACUCGUGCCAAGAUGCACAGCGAUCAAGGAACAAGAAGAACUUCAGGAAGCUUCAACAAAAGUACUCAUCGCACCUGUGGAAAAUCAAUUAAAACAAUGUGGAGAAAUGGAAGAAAAAAUAAAGCUCCUGGAACUUCAAAUAAAUGAAACCAAUAAAGCUAAUCAGCAACUAGACGAAUAUAAAAACCAAAUUGAAAAGCAAGGAGCCGAAUUAAAGGCCUUUUCGAUUAAAGAUGAACUUAUUGCUAACCAAAGAGCUGAAAUAGAAGAUAAACUUAAGCUUCUGGAAGAUUUCCAAUUGCAAAUUGCAAAGAAAGAAUUAGAAAUAAAGAACUUGCAACUAACUAUAUCAUCUUACGAGAACAACACAAAUAAUCAGAGUAAUCCGAAAAACAGAACACCACAAAUAGUAUGUCCCAAUCCUAUGGUCAAAGCAUAUAAUGAGGCUCCGCAGCUCAAAGAUAGACUUAAACGACUGGAAGAUAAACAAAAAUCGUGUCAGAUGGAUUUGGAGUCAGAAAGGACUGGUUCCAUCGAAAAGGAUGUGACUAUUGACAAUAUGAAAAAAGAAGCUGAGGCUAAUCAUAACCUGUUGGAAUCUCAACGGAAUGAGACGAAUUAUAUGAAUGACAGAAUUAAAGAAAUGGAAAUAGUAGCUGAGAAUAAUAAAAAUCUGUUGGAUCAAUGUCAAGAGAACAAAAGAAAUAUGCAAAAAACAGAAGAGGAGAAGAAAUCAGUCGAAGAGAAACUAAAUGAAUGUCAAUUAAAUAAUACGAAUUUAGUAAAAUUAAAGGAUGAAAGCUUCAAAGAAUAUCAAAGUAAUCAACAAAUAAUAUUAGAAUCGUGUCAGGAUGAUUUGGAAUCGCAAAGAAAUGAGUCCACUUACAAGAAUGUGACUAUUAAGGAACUGAAUAAAGUAGCUGAGUUUAACCACAAUCUAUGGACCCAAUGUCAGAAGAAUAGGGAAGAAAUCCAAACAGAACUUGAUUCUUAUAAAACAAAGGAUGCGAACAACAUCAAUUUAGUCGAAUCAUGUAAAAAACAAUUGGAAUCGCAAAAACUUGAGACCUCUUCCAAAAAUGCGACUAUUAACAAAUUGAAUAAAGGUUUGGAUGAGUGUAAAAAGAACAAGGAAGAACUCAACAAUCGGCUGAGCAUCAUUGAAAAAUGCCACAAACAAUGCAACGGAGAAGGUUUCUUUAAAAAUGCAUGGUGUAAAGCGAAAUGCAAAUGGAAUUGUUAGCAGUUCUUUCAAUAUCGAUGUUAUAGAUUUAAGUCAGCUGAUUCUUCUGUUCAAUUUCACUUUUCAAUUC